GGCUAUAAGCUGCUCCUCGGCCAAUCUGUGGCCAGAGAAGCCUUGAGGAGGCGGCAGCGGCAGCAGAUGAAGAAGAAGGAAUCCAACCCUCAGCCAGGAAACAUCUAACAUGUUCUGAUCCCCGGUGGGGAACCGCAGGAGUCAUCAACAAGUUGGCAAGGACACAAGAUGCUUCCUUCUCGUGUUUGAUCGCUUUUGGUUCCCGUGCAGGACUACAAUUAUUAUCUGGAUUAAAAUUGAUAUUUUGAGGGAUUUUAAAGUCUCCACAGCAUUUCAAGUCACUUUUUUUGACGCGCUUGGAAAUUGCGCACAGCGAUGGCGCAAAGGUACGACGAGCUGUCUCAUUACGGCGGUGGGAUGGAUGGAGUCGGAGUGCCCACCUCCAUGUACGGAGACCCGCACGCCCCGCGGCCCCUGGCCCAGGUGCACCACCUGAACCACGGGCCCCCGCCGCAUCCCACGCAGCACUACGGAGCCCACGCGCCGCACAGCAUCAUGGCGGGAAGCAUGGGCGGCAGCAUGGGCAGCGCCGUCAACGACGCGCUCAAGAGAGACAAGGACCAAAUUUAUGGUCAUCCUUUAUUUCCGCUUCUUGCUUUGGUGUUUGAGAAGUGCGAGCUGGCCACGUGCACGCCCAGAGAACCGGGAGUGGCGGGAGGAGAUGUUUGCUCCUCGGACUCCUUCAACGAAGACAUUGCAGUCUUUGCAAAACAGAUCCGCGCAGAGAAACCUUUAUUUUCUUCCAACCCAGAAUUGGAUAACUUGAUGAUUCAAGCCAUCCAAGUUCUACGCUUUCAUCUACUGGAAUUAGAGAAGGUGCACGAGCUUUGUGACAACUUCUGCCACCGCUACAUUAGCUGCCUGAAGGGCAAGAUGCCCAUCGACUUGGUCAUUGAGGAGCGAGACGUUUGCAAGUCAGACUUUGACGACCUGUCGGGGUCCUCCACCAACCUCGGAGAUCAUAACCCAGCAUCCUGGAGAGACUUGGACGACGCCCACUCCACACCCUCGGUAGGAACCCCGGGACCGUCCAGUGGGGGACACGUCUCUCAGAGUGGAGACAACACAAGUGAACUCGGAGACGGCCUGGACAACAGCUUAGCAUCACCGGGUACAGGAGAUGAAGAUGACCAAGACAAGAAGAGGCAGAAAAAGCGAGGCAUCUUCCCCAAAGUGGCUACAAACAUCAUGAGAGCGUGGCUAUUCCAGCAUCUUACGCACCCAUACCCCUCAGAGGAACAGAAGAAACAACUCGCACAAGACACGGGCCUCACCAUCCUCCAAGUCAACAACUGGUUCAUCAAUGCAAGGAGGAGAAUAGUUCAGCCAAUGAUUGACCAGUCCAACAGAGCAGUGAGUCAGGGUACAGCUUACAGUCCAGACGGCCAACCAAUGGGAGGCUUCGUGCUGGACGGGCAGCAGCACAUGGGUCUCCGACCUGGAGGACCAAUGGGAGGCAUGGGCAUGAACAUGGGCAUGGAUGGCCAGUGGCACUACAUGUAACCCCGCCCCCAUUCACACCAGCACCAACAACAGGGUAAAGCCUCCAUGCUUGGCUCAGGGAUGUUCUUCAUGCAGCCGCCAUGCGUUCCCACGAGACCACCUCACGACACCCAUCGUCACCCGACGCCCCCUCCCCACCCCUUGGUCUUUGUUGCCCUGUGGCUGCACGCAUGGAGAGGAAAAGAAAACAUCACCUGUACUUCAAAAACACGGAAAGGUUGGGACUGCAAUGAGAAAAGGACUUCAUGGAAGAGAAACGUCUCCUACUUUAAAUUAUUUAUUUAUUUUUAUAUCACACUCGCUCCUUUUCUCAUUUCUUUUUCAAGCUUUACUUCCAAAUAUCCAAUAAAACCACAGCAGCGAUGUCCAAAGUGCGGCCCGGACGCCAUUUGUCGAUCUUUUCCAAAAAUCAAAUGAACACGAGGAUUAGAUUUGAUUUGGACUACAGUAAAAAAAAAAAAAAAAGUACAAUAGUACACAAUAAUUUGGACGCCCCUGACCCCCCCUCCCCCAAGUCCCACCCCCACACGCGUGUAAAGACUAUGUUCAAAGUAUGUAUAAAAACUGGAAUUGUUGUGCUGUAUAGAUUUGUGCUUGUUUUGAUGCUUUCUUUUGUAUCUUUGCUCUGUGAAACCCUGAGAUUUUUCUAUGUGUGCAACUGAAAGGGCGGCCAUUUUGGAUCACGUUUUUUCACAAUAUUCUACAGCACCAAAACACACACACACACACACACUGUUUGUUUUCUCUAUCACUGAUCAUGUCUUCCGUCAAGGCGAAAGAUGUCCCGUUUUAUUCAACGCUCCUUGAACGCACCGCAGUGUGGAAGACUGACAUUUAUAAAUCAUACAUCUCAAUUGAACUUUGCCCCUGACGCAGGUAGAUGCUGCAUUCGCACUGUUUCUUUGAUAUCGCAUCUUUGUUGCCAAAUUGUGAAGUUGUGUGUAAAACAAAGGAGGAACACACACUUAAUAAAGAAAAGAAAACAAGCAGUACUUUGACUUCAAGGCAUCUUUUUAAUAGCUUCUCACUUUUAGUAAUAAACACUCAUGUGAUAGUCAUGUGACCAUCCCAUUAUACUCUUCCCCAAAAUGGCAGCUGUCCUUUCCAAUCCAUAACACAAUUAUAAUGCUUUAAUUGGCAAUUUUGAAUUCAUAGGAAGAUAAGAAAAUAUCACCCUUCAAAAAACUACCAAGUUAGGAAUAUAUCUAUAUAUUAAUCAUUUAUUCACUUGCUGUGUUCAACAGGGAGCAAUUUUAUAUACAAUAUUUAACAUAGAUGUGGCAUAGAGACCAAAUUAGGUAUUAAUAAAAUACAAAAUAAAUAAAUACGUAAAAUAAAAAGUAAUUAUAAUAAUCAUAAU